AAACUACAAGAUAACUUGAUUUGCGACAAUCGAUCAUACCAGAUGUGCAAACUUUUGUCUUUUAUAUUUAUUUUCAAAUUAAUUGGAUCGCUGAGUACUUCAGACGUCGAUGUUUUUGAUGACAGUGCAGUGAAACAAUUGAAUAAUUUACGAAUAGAAUGGCUGAAAUUCAUGUCGUCAGUACCAAAUACUGCUUGGAUAACACAUAGCCUCUCAUAUCCUGGAUUUCUCAAUAAAAAUGAUCACCGUGGAAUGUCCAUCGACUUGAACCACUUGACAUACAAUGUAUCGAACCAUAACAAUAUGCUCGAUGCAAUUAACAAUUCUGUAGACGCUAUGCAUUAUGACAUUAAAUCUUCGGGAAAUAAAUGUAAUUAUGAUUUGAUUUAUUUGUUGUUCAAUUUACGAAAAUCUUGGGCCGAACAAAUGUUGGAUGCCACUGGGAAAUUUCCUUCUGGGCUAUUAAAGGGAAAUUUACUUUGGUUGGGUGAUUUUAAACAGUGUCGAAAUGUCACCGUACCACUAAAAGUUAUUGGAAACUUUAAUUUUGGAGGAUUUAAAGGCGAAUACUGUUAUUUUACUUGGACGAUUUCACUACAACAGUAUCAUGCAAACAUGCCUUUAAAAUUUGGUAUAUGUGUACCUGAUUCGUGCACUGAAGAAAUAUUGAGGAAUGAUGCAAAAGCAGUAGCGAAAAUUUUACAUUAUAUUCCUACAGUUAAUAAACUUAUAAAAUACGUUAACAGUACACAAAUAACUUGUCAAACGUCCAAUAUAAAGUGGGAAACUAGUCACUUCGCUUACAUGUGUAUAUUGUCGAUAUUUGCCGUCCUUAUGAUCGCUGGUACUUUAUGCGAUGUCGUAAAAAUUUACAAGAAUAAGGAAAAAAUCAUUACAGAAGAUAACAAUUCGAACAUAGCCAAUGGAAAUUCUGCAGAAAGUUUUAACAGAUACGAAUUUAACAACGAAAAUGCGGUAAUCAUCAGCUCAGAAAUAUCUGAUUCCACAACGUAUUUGGCAAAUGACAAGAAUUCCGAAUCAGCAAUUGUGGAAUUCUUAAUUUGUUUUUCUGUAUACACAAAUUUCGGUCAAAUAUUUAACACUGAAAACGUUAAGAAACCUUUACAAUGCAUUCAUGGAUUUCGUUUUAUAAGCAUGCUUUGGAUCAUUGUUGGAUAUACAAUAGUCGAAAUUUCAAUGUUUUCUGAAAAUGGAUUAGAAUUUAUGGAUGUUUUAAAACAGCAAUAUUCUUUAUUCAUAAUUCAAGGUACAUUUGCAGUUGAUACAUUUUUCUUAAUCGGUGGCUUUUUACUAUCUUAUUUAUUUUUAAAAAGACAUAAAGGAAAAAACAAACAAUUUCAUUGUACUCGUUAUUAUCUUCAUCGAAUUUGGAGGUUAACUCCUACAUACCUAAUGAUUUUAGGGUUUUAUGCAACUAUCUGGUUACACGUAGGAAUGGGUCCAUUUUGGCCAAAAGAAAACACUCAAUGCAAAAAAUUUUGGUGGUGGAAUCUCUUGUAUAUUGUAAAUUUCAAAGAUUUGUCGGAUACGUGUAUGGGAUGGACGUGGUAUUUAGCCAACGACAUGCAGUUCUAUAUCAUCAGUCCGAUAUUUUUGUUACUUUUAUGGAAGUGUUCUCUUGGGGGAAUCAUAUUGCUAUGCAUUACUUUAAUUGCAUCAAUGAUUGUCACGGGACUUCUCGGAAAAUCCGGCAUAAUCUCAAUAUUUUCUGCUGUCGAAAAUCUCGAAUCAGAUGUGGGAAAACUGCAAAAUGAUUUUACGAAUUAUUAUAAUGAUAUUUACGUCAAGCCUUAUUGUCGCAUCGGGCCAUAUCUCGUAGGAAUUCUCACCGGUUAUGCUCUUCACAAAGCCAAACAUUUCAAACAUUAUUUUAGUAGAAAAAUUAUAUUUUUAUGUUGGGUUUUGUCUUUGACUGUUACUUCUACGGUUAUUUUUGCCGUUUAUCAUGCACAUAUGGGAUCUGUGACUGCUUCUGCUUACAACGCUUUAUCUCGAGUGACGUGGAGUAUUGCUGUUGCUUGGAUGAUAUUUGCUUGUACAGCAGGAUUCGGAGGUAAAAUUAAUACAAUAUUAUCAUGGAAAGCGUGGAUUCCGUUAAGCAGAUUAACUUACUGCGCGUUUCUUUUACACCCCAUUGUUAUAAAAACGUUUUUCAAUUCUAGUUCAAAGCCAUUUUUCUUUCAGAUAGAUUCUAUGCUAACUGUCUUCUUUGGAAUACUUGUAAUAUCCUAUUUGUGUGCUUUGCUUGCAAGUUUGACUUUUGAAUAUUCUACGAUGGCUGUUGAAAAAUUUAUUUUGAAAAGAUUUUCGAAGAUAUAAUAUGUAAAUACAAUAAAAAAAAAUUAGUUUUGCGAUAAGUAUUUUCCCGUGUCUUCCAUUAUAAUUAUUUUAAAGUCAUCGAAUAAUAUUGAUUUGUAAUUUUUGU